UAACACUGUGCUGCUCAAGUGAAGUGUGGUCACACAAGAGAAAGGCUGACGAAGACAGCGAACAUCCAUCUUGGAAAAUCUUGGAUACAGCGUGUUUGGAACUGAAGUUGAGCGUAUUUAGCGUUCCCGAGAUGUGUCAGUAUUUCAGAAUCCUGUCCAAUGUCCUCCGGCUGGUGGAGAUCAUACUAUGCGUGUUGGCGCUUAUCAUCCCCCUGUUCAGAGGUCGGAUGGUGAACCCGUACGGAAUCUACUGCCAGUUUGUCUGGGUCUUCUCGGCAGCUGUCGCUGUGGUCCUUCUGGUGUUUGAGAUCAGGGCUUUGAACGUGCUCCUGGCUGCCUGUCUGCCAGACUGGGACGACCUCUGCUGUGGCUUGACCAUGCUUUGCGCGUUCAUGGUCACCGCCGCCACACUUAUCUUCGCCAUCGUCUUCGGCUGCCUGUCCUGCAUCAGCAGCUCCUUCUGCGUAAUCUUCUCUUUGGCUGCUGCCGUGGUCUUCCUGGUCGACAGCGUGCUGAGGAAAAUGAAAUGUCCGAAGGGCUAUCUGUCCAACCUGAGGGGUAUUCUUAGGCUCACAGAGGCCGUUGUGACUUGUGUCGUUCUCGCCGGUUCAACCAACUACUUCCUGGGUGUGGAAAAAGAAUUCCGCCCACCCGCAAUGGUGUGGUGCAUUGUGGUCUAUGUGGUCUGUUUCCCUGUGACUGUGCUCAUUGUAAUCGUCAAUCUUUGCAGCCUACUUAAAGGCUUCAUAGCUUGUAUUGGGCUUAACAAACUGGAAUUAGUGUUCAACAUAGUGGCUGUGAUUUUGUAUUUGUCUGCCCUCAUCCUCUGGCCUGUCUUUGGUUACAAGCACUACCGUGAAUACAAUCCGCCGAACUGUGACUAUUGUCGCCAUGACGACCUAGAUGUGGUAACUGUGGGUACUGUGGUCAAUCUUGUCCUCUACGUAGUUGACUUGGUUUUUAGCGUCUUGGAUCGCAAGUUGUGAUAUUAGAAGUCUCUGUAUUUUCAUUAAAUAAUGUGUAGAAUAAUUGAUUUUGAU